UGUUAGAAUAAUAAAGAUAUUUUCAGUAGUUUUUUUCCUCCAUCCUUUUUGUUGUUGUCCAAAAAAAUCGACACAGUAAACUUUCUUUUUUCUUCUUUCCAAAAAAAAAAAUAUAUUUACUUCAAUUCCCUUUUCCUCACCCUUUAUUACCUCUAAUUCAACAACACAGGAAAAAAAACUUUAUUUUCUUAAAAUGUUCCUUAUGUCAAGAAUAUCCCUUCGAGGGAUAUUCUUCACGCUCCUAGCCACUCUCAGUUUACUCUAUUUUAUGCAUUUCUACGGGAUAAUCCAAAGCGAGCGGGUCGACAUAAUGGUAGACAAGGUCAGCCAAGUCAAGAUCCCCUGGACAAGCGGCACUUCGAUCGGCGACAGCUUCCGCAAUUCCGAACUAACCCUGACAAACCACAAAAGACAACAAGCCGUACGCAACGCCAUGCAACACGCGUGGACCGGCUACAAGACACAUGCGUUUGGAGAGGACGAGCUGCAGCCGAUUUCCAAGGGCGGGAAUGUGCGGUGGGGUGACUGGGCAAUCUCCUUGGUUGACUCCCUAGACACUCUCAAGCUGAUGGAGAUGGAGGAGGAGUAUUUGGAGGCGAAAGAGUUUGUCAGGUCGAUGGAUUUUGGUAGGGUGACGCCUGGGUAUAUGACCCAGGUGUUUGAGAUGACGAUUCGCGCGUUGGGCGGGCUUCUGGGCGCGUAUGAGCUGGAUGAGGACCCGAUGUUGCUGAAGAAGGCCAGGGAGGUGGCCGACAUUUUGGCGGUUGCCUUUGAGGGCAGCUUGGUCGGCCUGCCGGCGUCCUAUGUCGAUGUUAAUAUGAAAAAGCCAGUUCCAGCGGCUCGGGUAUGCAUUGCUGAGGCCGGCACUAUUCAAUUGGAGUUCAAAAAGCUAUCUCAGCUCACUGGCGACCCGAAAUACCGCAAGAUUGCCGAGCGCGCCAGCGACGUGCUGGAAAAUGCAACAAAGUACCACUCUGGACUCUACCCAAUGUACCUCAAUACGGUCAACGGCCAAUACGACCACAGUGCGUCACUAUCAAUGGGUGCUGGCGCGGACAGUUUCUACGAGUACCAGUUGAAGCAAUACAUUUUGCACGACAAGGCGGAGGAAAAGUACAAGGAUCAGUAUGUGGCUUCAGUGGAGGCCGUUAAGGCCAAGUUGGUUGCCAAGUCGGACUCUGGUUUGCUGUAUUUGGGCCAGUGGCGGAAUAACAUGACGGUGUUUGUGCGCGAAAUGGAGCAUUUGGCCUGUUUCUACCCUGGGCUUAUGGCGCUCGGUGCUCAGGUGCUUGAUAGACCACAGGAUUUGAUGAUUUCGGAGGAACUGGCCCGCACCUGCUACCUCUCCUACAAGACCACGGCGACAGGCCUGGGACCCGAGACCUUCUCUUUCUCCGAGCCCGGACAACUACCCCCGGCUGUCGACGACAUUACCGAUGAUAUUCUCCCUGUACCAGCACCCCUGGGCUACCCCAAGAUAUUCCAGCCCAACAAAUACGGCAUCACACCGAUUGACACCCGGUAUAUUCUGCGUCCGGAGACGGUCGAGAGCUUAUUUAUCCUAUACCGCGUCACGGAUGAUCCCAAGUACCAGGAGUGGGGGUGGGAUAUCUUCAAUGCGAUUGAAAAGCACACCAAGGCGGAGGUCGGAUACGCGGCAUAUGUUAAUGUGCAUGAUGUGAAUUCUAACGGGAAUUGGAUUGAUUCGAUGGAGUCGUUUUUCAUGGCGGAGACUUUGAAGUACCUGUACUUGUUGUUUAGUCCGACGGAUUUGAUCUCGCUGGACGAGUUUGUGCUUAGUACAGAGGCGCAUCCGUUUAGGAUUAUUAAAAAUAAUGAGACGGUUUUAGCAGACUAAACCUUAUGUUUGGACACGGUUAAUAAAAUUUCGUUCUUUAAUCUUUAAUUUUUUUAGACAUUUUACAUAUUUGUUUAUCAAUGCGAAUUUAACUUUUAAAAGCA